AUGCUUGGAGGAGGUACGAAGCAAUACCUCUAUCGUAGUACUACUACGUGGCAUAAAGCCAUCCGAAUUAAUCGGAAUCUGGUGAGGCUAACGCCAACCCACACGCUUGCUCCAAGACGAGUUAUGCUUGGGGGAGGUACGAAGCAAUACCUCUAUCGUAGUACUACUACGUGGCAUAAAGCCAUCCGAACCGAUCGGAAUCUGGUGAGGCUAACGCCAACCCACCAGCUUGCUCCAAGCUGA